AUGGCGCGCGUGAGCGCCAUCGCGCUCGCGCUCUGCGCCACGACGUCGCCGCUCGCCGCGCACGCGCAGAAGCUCUCCGACAGCCAAGUGGACGGAGUCGUGCAGCGGCUCGCGGAGGGGGCGACACACAGCUGGGAGCUCGGCACGCGCGCCCAGGCCCUCCUUGAACUCAACUCGCCCGCCUACUCCGUCCUCACCGCCAACGCCGCCGUCCCGCCCUCGUCCAACGGCCCGGUCUCGCUCUCAGACGUCCUCGGGAUCGCCAAGUCCGUCGUCGCGAACCUGACGAACACGAGCACCGUCGCGCAGCCGCUCAUCAGCGGCGACGGCGCCGCGGGAGACCCUGCAAGCCUCGGCGUCGCGGUCUUGAUCGCGAACCUGACCGGCCAGACGGGCGAGGACUACGGUGGCGCGGCGGCUGACCAGCUGCAGUACUUGCUCGAGAAGGUGCCGCGGACGAGCGACGGCGCGAUCUCGCACAGGGUGAGCCAGGUGCAGCUCUGGUCAGACUUUGUGUACAUGGUCCCGCCGUUCCUGGCGUAUUACGGCGUGCUCUCGCGGAACGAAUCCUUGAUCCAGGAAGCGUACGUUCAGUGCCAGCUUUAUCGGCAAUACCUCCGCGACGACGCUGCGGGCGGGCUCUGGAAGCACAUCCUCCUUGGGGACUUCAACGACGCAGGGCAUUGGUCUACAGGGAACGCAUGGGCUGCGGCGGGCAUGCUGCGGGUGCUCGGGACAAUCCAACGUUCGUCGUACGCCAAGGACUUCACCGCUCAGCAGAGCUCUCUUGUCAGCUGGGUCUCGGAGAUCCACGACGCGAUGUACGCUCACCUCCCGUCCAGCGCGCUGUUCAACAACUACGUCGACGCCAACAACUCCUUCGCGGACGCGUCGGGCACAACCCUCCUCGCCGCCUCCGUGUAUCGCCUCGCGCUCAUGGCGGGCGUGCACACGCACCUGCCCAACGCGGAGAAGAGCCGCACCGCGCUCUUUGGGCCAUCCAGUGGCUCGUCUUCAUCUUCUGCUUCCUCGUCCUCGUCCUCGUCCUCGUCCUCCACCACUGCUCCCCCGUCGUCGCUCGCGCACUUUGACGGCGACAUGUGGCUCACGCCUGUCGUGAACCCGAACAGCUUCGGCGACGAGGGCUCCCAGUCGCCCGAAGGCCAGGCGUUCGUCGUCGAGCUCCACUCCGCCUACCGCGAUUGGGUCGCCGCAGGCUCGCCCGGGGCUAACGCAGCUACUGCGCGCCGUGCGCCUGCGCUCGCUGCUGUCGCUGCCGUCGUGCUCGCGAUGGCGGUCGGGCUCAUUCACUGA